GGGAGAGAUGGCACAAGGCUUCGUGGAAAAUUAAUGGCCGCUCCUCCUUCUCCUCUCGGAUCUUCUUUGGAAAACCCAGAAAACAAUUCUCUUGAUCCAUUCGAUUUCGUUCCUAUGUGUUCCUCUCUGUUUCUUCAAUGAUCCUAUGUCUCCGUCUCUGUCUCAGAGCUUCGAGAUCUUUCUUCUCUACUUCUUCUACUGCCAACAACAGCGUCUCUGUCUCUAAGCUACGCCUCCUCUUUCAAUCCUCUAAUCUCCCUCCUCCUCCUGCUUCGUCCUCCUCCUCCUCCAAUCUCGAGUCCUAUUUCGCUAAUCUCAUUUUGACUUCCCACGGGUACAAUCCGAAUCGCAACUGGUCUACCCAUCAGUUUCGUCUCCUCCUCACUGACCCAGAUUUGCUUAUUAGAGUCCUCAAUAUGAUUCGAGAAAAGCCAGAGAUCGCUUAUCAUUUUUUCAAGUGGCUCCAGCAUCAGCGAGAUGUCAAGCAGUCGCUGCAAGCCUUCGCUGCGGUGCUCGAGAUCUUAGCGGAGAAUGAUUUGAUGAACAAAGCGUAUUGGGUUGCUGAGAGGAGCAUCGAUCUUGGUAUGCACGGAAUUGAUGAUCUUUUGAUUGAAGGGGGCUUUGAUAAAAAGAUUGCCUUUAAGCUCCUGGAUCUCUUGUUGUGGGUUUACACGAAGAAAUCUAUGGCGGAGCAGUGUUUGUUGAGCUUUGGGAAGAUGAUUAGGAAAGGUUUCUUGCCUAGUGUUAGAAACUGUAACAUACUUUUGAGGGUUCUUAGGGAUAAACGGAUGAUGAAUGAGGCUCAAGAGGUUUAUAGGACGAUGGUCGAACACGGUAUAAUGCCCACUGUUAUCACCAUUAACACCAUGCUGGAUUCUUGUUUCAAGGCUGGAGAUUUGGACCAAGUCCCGGAGAUUGUAUCAGAGAUGGAGAGGAAAGUUAUGCCAACGGCUAUUACCUUUAACACCAUGCUGGAUUCUUGUUUCAAGGCUGGAGAUUUGCAGCAAGUCCCCAGGAUUUUGUCAGAGAUGGAGAGAAGAGAGGUUGAUGCUACUGAGGUGACUUACAAUAUACUGAUCAAUGGAUUCUCCAAGAAUGGUAAAAUGGUGGAAGCUAAGCGCUUUCAUGGAGAUAUGCGAAGAUCUGGAUUCCCUGUUACAGCUUAUUCGUUUAAUCCGCUGAUUGAAGGGUAUUGCAAACAAGGCUUGUUCAAUGAAGCUUGGGGAGUUACGGAGGAUAUGCUCAACGCGGGUAUUCCUCCAACCACAUCUACGUAUAAUAUCUAUAUACGAGCGCUCUGUGAGUUUAAAAGAAUAGAGGAUGCUAGACGGCUGUUACUUGGUAUGGCAGCUCCUGAUGUUGUGUCUUAUAACACACUGAUGCAUGGAUACAUCAAGGUGCGGAAGAUUGCAGAGGCUUUUCUCUUGUUUGGUGAGUUGAGAGCUAGGAAUAUCCGUCCCAGUGUUGUCACUUACAAUACUCUAAUGGAUGGUCUUUGCGAGUCAGGGAACUUGGAACAUGCUCAGCGGUUAAAAGAAGAAAUGGCCAGCCAAAAUAUCAGUCCUGAUGUGAAGACGUACACGACUCUUGUAAAAGGAUUUGUUAAGAACGGGAAUCUAUCCAUGGCUACUGUAACUUAUAAUGAGAUGUUGGGGAAAGGGAUUAAACCUGAUAGAUAUGCAUGCACUACAAGGAUUGUGGGUGAACUGCAGCUUGGAGAUUCUGAUAAAGCAUUUCGUCUGCAGGAAGAGAUGGUGGUAAAGGAUCAGUAUGCUCGAGAUCUGAUCACCUAUAACGUUCGUAUAGAUGGACUCUGCAAGGUUGGGAAUCUGGAAGAAGCGAUUGAGUUUCAGCGUAAGAUUUAUAGAGACGGUCUUGUCCCUGAUCGUGUUACUUACACCACGGUUAUUCGUGCUUAUUUAGAGAAGGGCCGGUUUAAGAUGGCCAAAGUCUUGUAUCAAGAAAUGCUGAGGAAAAGGUUAUCUCCUUCUGUGAUUACUUACUUUGUGUUGAUUCAUGGUCAUGCGAAAGUGGGAAGGCUACAACAAGCCUUCCAGUAUUCCAGCGAGAUGAAAAAGAGAGGGGUUCGUCCAAACGUCAUGACGUGCAAUGCUCUUUUACAUGGCAUAUGCAAAGCUGGUGAGAUAGAUGAAGCUUACAGAUACUUCUGCAAGAUGAGAGAUAAUGGGAUUCCACCGAAUAAAUACAGCUACACGUUGCUAAUAAACAAGAACUCUGAGCUCGGUAAAUGGGAAGAGGUUGUCAAGUUGUAUAAAGAGAUGCUAGAUAAAGAAAUCGAGCCAGAUGCGUAUACACAUUGGGCCUUGUUCAAGUAUUUGGACAAAGACCACAGAUCACGAGAGGUCGAGUUCCUUGAAAAGUUAAUACGCAGUUGACUAGGAAGCAAAGGUGGUGACUUUUGAAAUGAUACAUAUUUAUGUUUGGAGCUAGCCGGUUUUCUUUCCCUCAGAGCAUAUGGUCAAAUUUACAAUUACUAUGCACAAAAGCUAGUUGAUGGCUCAGCUUGAUUGGGGGAAACACACACUGAGCUAUGGGCAGAAUCGAUCAAAUGUUGUUGAAGCUCGUUUACUUGUAGCUUAACUCAUUCUUACCUGCAAGUUACUACACAGCAGAGACAAAGAAGAAUAGGAGGAAUAAAGAAGACACAUAAAAAGUGGUGUUUGCAAAAGAAGUUCACACUCGGGGAAGAAAGAUUCCUGUGUAUUUGUUUAAUUCUUUGGAUAACAAUUUUUGGGGAAGAGAGAAAGUGUGAAUCACAUAUAACUUCAUUGUAGGACAUUUUUGGGAAGAAAGAUGAAAGCAACAAGGCUCUGCUUCUCGCUAGUCUCUUAAGCAUGUUUUAGGUAAACAUUAGAAUUAGUUCUCUCUCUUAUGUAAGCUCUCUGUCACGUUCUUCUUUCUGUGUCUUUCUCUAUCUCUCAUAAUACAUCAGUGAGUAAUUUAUUUUGUACAAAUCAAG